AUGCCAGCUGAUCCGUUGCUUGACCUGAACGAGGACGGCAAGUCCUUCAAGAACCCGCCCGCAGCGUCGAGGUCGCAAGCGUAUUCGUCGUUCCCCGCGCCCAUCACCAACGGCAACCGGGCUGGCUUCGACGUCCACAUCUACUACGCUCACACCGACCCUUUCCAGUACCAAUUCGCCAAGGAGCUGUGGGAACGAAUCCGUAGGGAGUUUCCUGAGCUCAGGAUAUACAAGGUCUGGGAUCGGCCGGUGGGGCCACAUCCGAUUGCAAUGUUCGAAGUGAACGUGUUCACUCCUGAGCAGUUCGGCGCUUUCAUACCCUGGCUUGUCAUUCAUAGGGGCCCACUGAGUGCGCUGAUUCAUCCUAAUACCGGCGACGACGAGAGAGAUCACACACAACGAGCGACUUGGAUGGGUACGCCGGUACCAUUGAUUACGCAUGUGUUGCCUGGUUUCAAGGAGAUCAAGGAAAGGUUGAACUCGAGAGAUUGA